GUGAAACCAAAGUAAACCAUCGUAUCUUAAGCAAAACGUACAGUUCGGUUUAUUUUUAAAGAGUUAUUUACCCUUGAGUCGCUACUUGAAUGUAUCUUUAAUUCUGGCGGUUUAAUUCCAGAGGCAGUCUGUUGAUUUCUUCUGCUUCUAUUUGAAGUAAGCGUUUUUGAAAAUAAAUUUUAUUAGAAAUAUUAAAAGUCAGAGGUCAGCUGUAAAAACUGUGCUGCUCCAUGCAGUAGCUAAAACUUUUUCUUCAGUUUUGUUUACUUUAAUCUGAGUUAGUACGAAUUCGGAGGAGGUUGUGAUGGGAGAGGGAAAAUCAGAGCUAGAUGAACUCAGUAACAGCUAUAACGAAUUGAAUUCCAUCAAGGAAAAACAAGAGAAGAGAGUUAGAUAUCUCGAAACAAGGGCGAUAAAUUUGGUGACCUCCUAUUGUUUCUACCAAGGAACUCAGUAUCAUUACGAGUCGAACUUAAUAGAGUUGGAGAUUUUACACUACCAGAUGGUCAUAGUCCAAAAUAACCACACGCAGAUUAGAGAUAGAUAUCAGCAGCAACAGCAACAACAGGAGCUGAAACCAGAUAUGUUCAAAGUGUACCAGCGGUAUGCUUAUCUUUUUGCUAUCUCAUUUGCCUUGGUUGCCUUUACAGUUGUGAUACUACAUGCCAAUUGGACUAUUCCAUGCAUUCGUUGAAGCCCCAAAACGCCAAGAAGUGGUUGAGCUCUUCCAGACAAUCCUAUAAUACAUAUUAUGUAUCUAGGUUUUAUGAAUUUGAUCGUCCACUUUUCCAGUCCUAGUUUUGUAAUAGUUUGUCUACGUCUCUCAAGAGAUAAGUUUCAUCUUAAAUCUGUUAGUUAUAACAAUAAGGCAAUAAGGAGCUAGCGUUGGCAAGACUGAUGCGCAUAUACAUAUAUAUAUAAACGAUAUAAUUGUACUCCAGGUCUAGGUCUUGUGGAUUUUACAGCUUUGUAUGAGUACUGGUUGUUUGUGCCACCGCCGCCGCCGCAGUUAGAAGUCACGAGUACUUAUAAUGUAUUUUGCUGGUUUGAUAUUGGUAGUUAUGCAAAUAAUAAAAUUUCUGUGGGCUUUUGUAUAUAUUCGUUCA